AUGUGCAUGGGGUAUGGCACGCGUGCACUGCAGGCUUUGAAUCCCUUCUACAGUGGAGAAUACUUCAACUGGGACGAGGUGUCAAGUCUGGAGCACGCUUAUCCUGAUCCUGCCGCUAUUGACGAGUCGACAUCGCUGCUGACAGAUAAGCCGACAAUCCGUGCAGCCACGGCGAUGUCACCACUGCUGCAGGGGCCCACGGAGCGCAAGCCGGAGAUGCUCAAUCACCUCGGUGUUUUGUAUGGACUGAUGCCGCAGCUUCUGAGGUAUGGCAUCACCGGCGUGUUUGCAGCAUGUCCUAGCAUCCAGGUGUGA